CUGGCAUACUACGGAAGUGUGUACAUACGUGCUUCCAGUGGCGUGCGGCCCUGUAGCUCCCUGUCCCCGGUGUACUACUUGAGCAUUUUGCCUAAAAACAGGUGGAUGACAACAAUUUCCAUUGCAUGCAGUAAGGUAUCACUUUCGCUGAUUGUAGUCCGAGAUGGGAGCGAACAAUAGCACGCGCCGGGUGUCCUUUGAGUCGGAUGAAAAUGACAACAUCACAGUUGUGAAGGGCAUAAGGCUCUCUGAGAAUGUCAUCAACCGAAUGAGGGAGCCCAUAGCCCCCCUUCUUCCCCCCUCCCUUCCACAGGUCCCACCCACUGUUGCUGCUCCCUCCCCCCUCAUCAUUCCAGUGCCUCCCCUCAGACCCCCCUUCGAUCCCAUCACCUCGCUUCCACCCAGAGAACCCAUCGCACUACCACCACCACCUCCUGCACCUGUCACUGAAGUAGUGGCUCCACCCCCACCCCCCAUGGAACAGGUAGCAGCUCUGACCAUCAUUGACAUGGUGAUCCCGCCUCCUCCCCUAGCUGCUUUAAAGCCUGUGGCGCCCCCCCCGCCACCUGCAGCUGUUGAGCCGGUAACCCUCCCACUGCCGGUUCAACCCCUGGCCCCCAUCCCUGAUCCCACUCCUGUUCCCGCUCCUGUUGCUGUGGAACCCAUUACCAUCCCUGCACCACCUCCUCCUGUAAUCAAACCUGUUGCUGCUCCUCCUGUAAUCAAACCCGUUGCUGCUCCUCCUGUAAUCGAACCCAUUGCUGCUCCUCCUGUAAUCGAACCCAUUGCUGCUCCUCCUGUAAUCGAACCCAUUGCUGCUCCUCCUGUAAUCGAACCCAUUGCUGCUCCUCCUGUAAUUGAACCCAUUGCUUCUCCUCCUGUAAUCAAACCCAUUGCUGCUCCUCCUGUAAUUGAGCUUAUUGCACCUCCUCCCAUAAGUGAGGCCAUUGCACCCCCUCCCGUAAUUGAGCUUAUUGCACCUCCUCCCCUUUCCUCUGCAUUGGCGUCCAUCUCCUCCUCCCCUGCUGUUGAGUCUGCUCCUCCUCCAAUGGAAGCUUUCUCCCUGCAGCCUGCAGUCGAACCCAUCACUCCGCCUCCUCCCCCAGCUGAAUUCAUUGCUCCGCCCACUUGUGAACCCACUGCCCCUCCUCCUCAGCUCCCAGUGGAAGUUGUUGCCCCUCCUCCUCCCGCCCCAGAGCCAGAACCAGUGGCUGCAGCACCUCCACCACCAUCACCACCUGCAGUUGAUGAAGAGGAGCUGAGGAAGAAGAUCACUGAGGAUCUGCAGAAAGGCCUGUUGAAGGAGAGGGCAAAGGCUGAGCAGGAGCUGCAAGCAUGGCUGGAGGAGGAGAAGGUCCAUGCUGCGUCCUUUGCUGAGGCUGAGGCACAGGCCAGUUUGAAGGACGAGGUGGGUCGUAUCCUGGAGCUGGAGAGAGCCACGACCCACAAUACCCUGACGCAGGCUGUAAUGAGGGAGAGGGUCAGCGCCGAGGACGAGAGGCUACGCGCCCAGCUUUACGAGAUUACAUGGAAGGCCAAGCAGCUGGAGCUCAGAGACCAGGAACUGAAGAAACAGGAUGCCUUCUACAGGGAGCAGGUUGCCAGGCUGGAGGACAGGAGUGCUCAGUUCUACAAGGUCACCACAGAGAACUACCACAAGGCUGCUGACGGAAUCAACGCAAAGUUCAAGCGGUUUGAGGUGAGUCCAGUGUGUGCUGACCUGCAGGGUCAGAUCCUGAAGUGCUACCAGGAACACACUGGGAAGACAUUGCUCUGCUCCACUAUCGCCUCCCGCUACCUGCAGUGUGUCAACCAAGCUAAACAGAACAAGUUGAGGACUGGGGGCUAAGAGCGAGGUGCUGUGAGCGAAGAAGGGGAAGCCAUGGUGUUUUACUGUGUGGCAUUGCGGUUGAUCAACCCUUUUAUCGACCGCAAAUGAGUGGAGAGGAGAGUAAGCACCAGAGACCACAACCCCGACUCGAGGUAGAAACAGAACCGCAACCUGACCAGAACCAGGAAAACAAGACAACCAGACAACCCUGAGAGAGAGAGAUGGACACUGCUUAGCCCAACACCCUUCUACCCCUCAACCCCACCCCCACUGACCCCCAAAUCCUUUACCCCUUCGUAAGAUCCCACCUACCUACACCCCUUCUCCCCCCACCCCACUCCACUGCAUGUCUGUCUCUCCUACCAAGAGGGAGGAGGUCAACGGUAGCUCUUCCUAGAGAGGACAGUGCAGUAGCUCUGUGACGCAGCAGUAGGAGAAGUGCAACUGUCUGCCAUGUUGGAGACGCAUGAAGACAUGCAGAGACAGAGUAUAAGCCUAGGCUGAGUCCACCAGAACCAAUCCAGGCCCAGCGCUGAAGAUAUCCACACGGACUGAACCACUAUCAUUACCAACACGCACCACCACCACCCAACCAGCUCCCCCCCCCCCUUACAAAGCCAGCAGUUGGACUAGUUCACCCCAUCACCACACCUUUAUGGAAAUAUACCCUCUAUCCACUAUAUAAACCUACAUCAUCACAUGCAUGCUAUCCACCAUGCUUCACCCUACUCUAUCCCACUAUCCCUUUGCACUAUCCUGCACACACACCAUUGUUCAUUAUCUGAGCGUUGUGUGUAUGUUCCAGUAUGUUAAUAAUGUAUCUGCUUGUUUUGUUUUCAUCCGAACCAUGUCUCAAUCACUUCUGACACACGUCUGAUCAUAGCAAAUAAAAGGAGGAUUCCAGAAUUGA